AUGGCCUCACAGCCUACCGGAUUCAACGGCCUCAUUAGGAACAUUGCGGGAUUAUUUAACUCUGGUUUCCCCGGGAACAUUACCAACACGUCUGACAUUCUUUUGGCCGAACUCCAUGCCAUCUUUCAAGGUCUGCGAAUGAUUUCAGAUAUGGGAAUAUCUGAUUUUGUGUGCUACUUCGACUCUCUCCACUAUGUUAGUCUCAUCAAUGGACCUUCCAUGAAGUUUCAUGUCUAUGCCACUCUCAUUCAAGACAUAAAGGACCUCGUCAUUACCAGCAAGGCUUCUGUUUUUCACACUCUUUGUGAGGGAAAUUACUGCGCAGAUUUUCUUGAAAUGUUGGGAGCGGCUUCGGACUCUGUGUUGACGAUUCAUGUCUCACCUCCUGAUGGGAUGAUUCAACUGAUUAAAGUUGGUGCUUGGGAAACUCUCUUCUCUAGGGGCUAG